AACCCAGCGGCAACACAGGCUACAAGUGCUGUGGCUGGGAAUAACGGACUUUCUCCGAGUGCCACGCGGACGCGAGUGUUCCUGGCUUCAGUUUUACUGAGUGGCCAAAGCAGGAGGAAACUUGCCUUCUCAUUUGAGGGAUUCUGUCACAGCAAUGUGUGAGCCCCUGGAUAAAUUUGGCUUGGUGACGGCAGUGUGCUCUCCCCAGAGAUUCUGCCACAUCCUCCUUGCUCCUUUUCUGCCCUGACCGGAGUUUCUCACUGCUAACCCCCGUGACAAGUCAGAAGAUUUGCCCCUUCCAUGAUCUUCUUCCCCCAGAUUCCCUCUCCCAGUUUUGCCCCUCUGAUGAGAAACUGAGGAUAAGGUGUCCUCAACCAGCCAUGGCUGCGAAGGGAAUGAGGACCAGGGGAGCAGGCCUCCCUACAGUAUGGGAUUAGACUCUGCCAGUUUCUUCUUAUCUAAUUGUGUUGCUGCUAGCAACAUUUCUGGAAAUUGCUGGGAGGCAUCUAACUAGCUCUCAUGGAGCUCCAUUCUCUGGCUAAGAGGAACAGCCCAGUGGACUCAUGCGAUACUGUGGAGUGGAGUUCACGAGAGACUUCCGGUGACCAUGCAGAAGAGGCAGCCAUCAAAGCUGCUCUUUGCUAUCAGAAAAACUUGACAUCGACACCAAGGGCAGCUAUGGUGGAAGUGUGUAGACUUAGUUCUUCUCCAGCAUCCCCAACCUCCUUGCUCCAAGACAAUGCUAUUGCAACCAGCUUCUUCCCAUCGGGACCUCCUGAUUCAGGCAAUAACCAAGUAAUGGCUGAUCGUAAAGUCUGUAAUUGUUGCAGCCAGGAACUAGAAACUUCUUUUACUUACGUGGAUGAGAAUGUCAACUUGGAACAGAGAAGUCAGAGGUCACCGUCAGCCAAAGGCAGUAAUCACCCUGGAGAUCUUGGAUGGGGAAACCCUAAUGAAUGGUCUCAUGAGACUGCCAUGUCUUUGAUGUCUGAAGACGAUGAUGACACAAGUUCAGCAGCCACAUCUUCAGGGAAGUCUGUAGAUUAUGGUUUCAUCAGUGCUAUCUUGUUCUUAGUCACUGGUAUCUUGCUAGUGAUCAUUUCUUAUAUUGUCCCUCGGGAGGUGACAGUGGAUCCCAACACAGUGGCAGCCCGGGAGAUGGAACGCCUGGAAAAGGAGAGUGCAGUGUUAGGUGCACACCUGGACCGUUGUGUGAUCGCUGGGCUCUGCCUCCUCACCCUCGGGGGAGUCGUUCUCUCUUGCUUGCUGAUGAUGUCUAUGUGGAAAGGGGAGCUCUAUCGUCGAAAUAGAUUUGCCUCUUCCAAAGAGUCUGCAAAACUCUAUGGUUCUUUCAACUUCAGGAUGAAAACUAGUACUAAUGAAAACACUCUGGAACUCUCCUUGGUAGAGGAAGAUACCCUUGCUGUACAGAGUUAGUUCUAAAAUCCUUGAAAGACAGCCAUACAUU